AGUAAAACCGAAGUGAACAGAGAGUUUCAUGGAGAAAAUGGCGUUGCUGGGUAACUCUCUCCUGGAGGGCACUGUUCUGUUUGUGUCCAGUCUCCUCUUACUCGUCUGGUUGUAUUUCCGGUACAAGUUUAGUUACUGGCAAAGGCGAGGUGUGCCACAUUCAAAGCCAACCAUGAUAUUUGGCAGCUACAAGGACUGUGUCUUGCAGAAGGAAUGUGUUGGACAAUUCAUGAAGAGGAUGUACAAUGAAGGUGUUGGUAAUCAUUUCUUCGGCUGCUACAUUUUCACCAGUGACUAUUCAGCAGACGGUGUCCUCAUGUGCUGUCAAGUUUGUGCAAAGGAAGUAAAAUGUGAAAAGAAAUUUCAACAUGAAUAACACUCAAGAACGACUGCACAUAUUACCACAAAGAAGGGGAAGAACAGCACACCACAACAACUACUUUUUACACAGGUCAAACCCAAGUCCUCUGUUAAUACAUUUUCAGCCCAUCUUUGUAAGGCUUUAGUAUGUAGCAACAUUCCAUGGAAUAAAUUAAGCAAUCCAGUUCUGCGAUCAUUUCUGGAUACUUAAAAAUUCCAGACGGAUCAACUCUGUAUGUCUCUACUCUGGAGUCAGUCCGUUCUGACAUUGGAGGGAACUGUGUCUGGAUCGUCUGGAUUGGUCUGGACAUUGGUAGAUGAGACAACCGAUUUAUGUAGCCGAUACAUGACAAAUUUCGUGGUUGGUAAGCUACAUCCAGACGAAUCCGGCAAACCUCAUCUUCUUGGUUGCAAAGUACUAGAGAAAACCAACUAUAGCACAAUAGCAAGAUUUGUAAAUGAUUCUCUGCAACUACUGUGGCCAUCUGUAAUUGAGAAUAACUGUUGUAAGGUGCUUGUAUUACUCACAGAUGGAGCUUCCUAUAUGUUGAAAGCAGCAAAAGCCUUACAAGUAUUUUAUCCAAAUCUUAUACAUGUAACCUGUUUAGCGCACGGAUUACGCCGUUUUGCAGAAAAAAUAUGUGCACAGUUUCCAGCUGUUAACAAUUAAUUGCAAGUGGGAAAAACUGUCUCUGAAAGCACCAGCUGUGUCCAGUUCUACAGAGAUUGCUUCCCUCAGGUUCCUGUGCCACCUGAAGCUGUCCUAACUAGG